AUGGUAGAAUAUUUAUUAGUACAAUGUUAUUCAUGUACAAUGUUUCAGGUUAGUCAAAAGAAAAAGAAAAAAGACUUUCAAUGUAAAAUAUGUAAUGAAAAGCAAUCAAUCAGAAAAGUCUAUGGUAUUAGUUUCAUGGGAAAGGAUUUAACAACACUCGUUAAGAAAUAUAAUAUCGAAAAGAAAUCAAAUCCACCAAAACCAAUAAAACACAAUGAAUUUGAAGAUGAUGAAGAUGAAGAUGAAGAUGAAGUUAACAAUAAUAAUAAUAAUAAUAAUAAUGAAGAUGACAAUGAAAAUGAUAAAAAUAAUAAUAAUGAAAACAAUAGGAACCAACAACAACAACAGCAACAACAACAAUCAUCACAACCUAAUAAAUGGAGUGCAUUUUUAGAUGAUGAUAAAGAUAAUGAUGGUGAUCCGGAAAUUGAUGAAAUUGAUGACUUUUAUGGUGUAGGUGAAGAUUUGGAUGAUAGUAGCUUUGUUACAACUUCAGAGUUGAGUAAAAAAAGAAGAUUUAAUAAUAGAAAAUCAAAUAGUUUUGGUAGUACUUGUGGUGAUGGUAAUGGUAAACCAGCUGCAAAUAAAAAGUAUAAAAAUGCAGGUUCAGUUGGAGCAAAUACUUCAAGCUAUCAAAAUAAAUAUAAGCCUUCACCAUAUCAAACUAAAACUCCAACUUCACAAUAUCAAACUAUCUCACACCAAUCAACAACAACGCCAACAACAGCAUCUCCAUACCAAAGCAAAUCAUCGUCAUCAAAUUUCAUUUCAUCUUCACAAACUGUUUUACAGUCAUCAACAAUCCCAAAACCAUCUCUUUCGCCUUAUAAACUUAAUCCCCAAUCAGCUUCUCAACAACAACAGCAGCAGCAGCAACAGCAACAAUAUCAAACCAUUUCAACAACAACAACAACAACAACGAUAAGACCAUCACUACCAACCAAGCCUUCAUAUCAAAAUAUUUCAAAAGCAUCAACAACCAAUAAUAAUACUAAACAACCUGUAAAUAAUAAUAAUAAUAAUAAUAAUAAUAAUAAUACUAAUAACAUCAAUAAUGAAAUCAACUCAAAAAACAAUGAAAAAUAUUUGGAUCUUAUAAGAAAAUCACAAACUAAUAAUGAAAAUGAAAAUAAACUAAAUAGUAUCAAUAAUACAAAUCAAUUGAAUAAUACAAAUCAAUUUUAUAAUAAACCAAUCAUAAAUAAUAAUAAUAAUGGUUGGGGGCAAUUUCAAACAGACGACGAUGACGAUGACUCUGAUGAUUCGGCUGAUGACUUUUAUGGUAUUAGUAAACAACAAUCAAAAAAUGAUCAAUUUAUUUUAACAGACUCAUCAUAUAAUAAAUAUAGUGUAUAUAAAGAUGAUGAUAAUGAUGAAUAA